UUCGUCCCUAUUCACCCCGUUUUACGGUACAUUGAUAGUGACAAUAAAUCCGUCAACAUAAAACAAAUAUUUAUUAUUUCUUAGUUUCGAGGGAAAUUUUCAGGGAAAUGUAUAAACUAAGUGAAUUUAGCACCCCAAAGGAAACAUUUGUGACCCAGAAACUAAAAUUCAUUGACCUUUUAACGCAGCUUUGGUGCGAUAUUCAUAAUCAAAAUGAAGUGUUUCGAUAUAAAGUAGAUAAGAUUCAGGAAAAAGUAAUUCAAGGAAAUUAUCUAUUACAACUUAAUCCUGAUAGAAGUUCGAAAAGGAGGAUCCCUGAACAGAUAGAAAAUAUUGCACAGCCAUUUGAUGGAAAUAAAUUUAAUUUUACAAAAGCAUCAACUAAGGAAGUAAUUUUUAAGUUGCAUGAUGAAGUUGAUGAGACACAUACUAUAUUUGUAAAUGUAAGCCCAAUUUCUCAAUACCAUUCCCUGCUGUGCCCGUCAAUGGAAAAAUGUCUGCCCCAAGUUAUAACAGAAGACAGUUUACUGCUGAUCUUAAAAAUUUAUUUCUUGGCUGGGGACCGGGACCUGAGAAUAGGUUUCAACAGUCUUUGUGCUAUGGCUUCUGUAAAUCAUUUGCAUUACCAUCUGUUUCUGGAGAAGCAUGACCUGCCUAUUGAGACUGCCAUCUGCACACAUUUGCACAAAGAAGUACACUGCUUUACAGACUAUCCCAUUCCAGGAUUCUGUUUUGAAGUUUCAGAAAACAAUAUUGUAACCAUUACUGAAGAGUCCUAUAAACUUAUUGCAUAUUUAUUGAAAAAUUCAUUAGCACAUAACAUUUUCCUAACCAGAGGGUCCAGUUUAACAGGAUGUCAGAAAGAGGUUGUAAGAUUGAUUAUCUGGCCGCGGAAGAGCAGUGCCGGAGCCAAGCAACUAGCAUCCUUUAAUGUUGCCAUAUGCGAAAUGAGUGGAUGGUUCCCAGUUUAUAAUACCAAGGAUUACGAAACCUUGAAUAAAGAAAACCUGGAAGCUGAACUAAGAAGAUGGAAAAUUGAUGAUUUUCACAAAUUAUGUGAUCACAUAAAAAAAAAUAUAUAAUUUCGAGUUUUAUUUAACCAUCAUAGUCCAAAUCCAUGCUACAAAUCUACUCAGUUAAAUCUCACUUGUGGAUUCCUGCCUUAUUUGUGGAAAUCUGAAAAAUAAUAUAGAGAAUUAUAUUAUUUUUCAGAUAUCCAAAGAGUUAUUUUUAUUUGACAGUUUGUUCUAUUAACGAAGCCACACAGACCCCUGGGAUAAUAGGAGGGACAGCAAAUUACAAAAUAUAAUACUUAAACAUGCUUGUGUGUAUUACUCCAACAAGAAAGUAGCUCCUAGAGAUAGUUUUAGUACUUCAAAAUUUAAAAACACUUCUACAACUGCUCAUUUCCACACCACCCAAGAGGUAGA